GUGCCCUGCUGGUUGUCGAGCUAAGGCUGCGCGGUCUGUGCUCCAGCAAACCCGCAGACAGGCGGUGCGGUUGAGAUUCAUCCUUCUAAGAAUCUCGGGUGGCUUACACGAGCGAGCCCUAACGGCUCCGCAAAUGUGCCCUUGCCGUUACAUACACACUGGGCGCACGGUCUUGCCUCAGUGCGGGUCUAAUGUCUGUGAAAACGCUUAUCAAGUUAUAACAGAUUGAAAAGCUCGAGACAAAGACAAGCUUUGCUCGAGCGUGCAAAGGCUAUAUAAGAGGUCCCAAUCACGAAUGGGCCCCAUCCCGCCUUCGCACACAGCUGGCACUCAGGCCUCCGGGCCGUUUCUACCAGCUCUCGCGCUGCAUUGCUCACACUUAUGGCUAAGCAACACACUUAAUAAUGCUGCUCUGAGACUGAGCAGCCUGCAGAUACGCAAAGAUACGCAACACACGUCCUAAGCUGACGUGCGCAAAACCCUGAGCACGGGCGUGGCAAAACCCACCUCAGUCGAGUCUGGAGUCGGGGUUUUGUCCCUCCUGCCACUGCUCAUGCUCGCAACGCGUCAAUUAACAGUCUGGUGACACGCCAUGCACGGUAACACGCUAGGGCGUGACACCCGCUUGUGGUCGUUGAAAUGGGAGAAUCAUCAUAGUAAGCACUGUGGCGUGUGGCCGCCAACGCUUGCUGGGCGUUUCCACGGCAUGCUAGCGAGCGUGCGCGCGGCGUUGCUGUUGACCCGUGUUGGGCGUGUGGGGUUGACAGGCAGGAUGGGGACCGGCGUCACUGUUUUUGGGACUGCCCUGUUGCGCUGUCCCUGCGGGAAAACAUGGGGAUGGCUAUGGGUUUCAUGCCAGAGGAUGCUUUAAGUGCCUUCUCUCGUGAGGAGUUGUGGUUGGUGCGCCCGCCUGCGGGGCUUGUGCCACCUGUGUGGGAUGUGGUGUGUCUCGCUGCUAUGUCUGCCCUGGACUUUGGUCGGCAGCGUAUGGUUAUGGCCGGGCUGGCGGCGCGAGCGAAGCUGCCGUCGGCCCGGGUGCUGAGCAUUGGACUUGCCGUCGUAGCUGACUUCUGGGGACUUUGGGUAUCAGGCCAAAGGGUUGGGACACUUUCAUCUCUCGGGCUGUUGGUGAAGGCAUGGUAUUGCGCUUGCCGUAUGACGCUGAUUCCCCGCCUCCCUCGCCAUGAUAGCCAUGAGAGGUUGUGAGUGGUUGGUGGCUUUGUGUGUGGGCAGGACGCACGUGUGGGCGACCGUUCUAGUGCCUGGACGCUUGCGCCCUGGUGAGUGCGUGCGCUGUGCGUGUGUGCUGCGGCCUGGACGAUUCCCGGCACUCCUGUGCCUAGGCUUGUGGCGUUGAGGCACAGCGGUGGGGCUCUGGCGGGUUGAGGCUUGGCUAGGACUCACUGUGCGCGGAGUCACACGGACUUUGACCGGGAGGGUUUGCAGCAAAGUCGGGGUUGGUGGAGUCAAGUUGGGCCCUGAUAGCAUUUGAUGGCUCGGCGUCUUCGGGUGCUGGGACUGUCCCCUCUGUAACAUCCGCAUUCUUAUCGCUGCAUAAUUCCUAGCAAGCUCUUGCCAUGGAUUCAGGCUGGGGCGCACGCCCUGGAAGCCUUGGCCAGGCUGAGGCCCCCCGAGUGACCCUCGGCUUGAGCUGCGGCGGUCGCUGGACGUGGACUGGUGGUCAGCUGCGGAGGCCAGCAGCGGCGCUGAGUACCGUUCUGUAAGAAUCUUCCCGG